AUGCGCCAACACCGAAUCUCGAUUGCGGCGCUGCAGCUGCUUCUGGCCUUGGGGUCAGCGCAGGAAUACGAAUUCGUCAGGUGGAACGCGCCUGCAGGCAACUUGGCGGCCAACGAUGUCUACCGCCGCCAGUCGCCGCCGCCGGGCUACCACCCAGAGUUCGGUUCGUGCGGCAGCGGGACGACGUGCGAGAACGCUUGCGGGCCGAAUUGGAUCUCGUGUCAAGCCUCUACCAACCUGUCGCUGUUUUGCUACAACAAAGUCGACCUGAACCAGACCUGUUGCGAAAAUGGAUCCGGCCGCGCCUGCGACAAUGGGUACUACUGCGCCUGGCAAGAAUUCGGUGGGAGGGUGUGGUGCUGUGAGAACGGCCAAAGUUUGGAAGAGUGCGGCGUUCCGCAGCCAGCUUCGUCUUCAUCCACGGCGACAAGCUCGCCGACGUCUUCAGGCGAGACCAGCUCCUCGCCCUCCACACCUGAAUCCCCAACAUCGGCGCCCACGUGGGGGUCAACAAGCGGGUCACCGAGCGCAUCACCGAGCGAGUCGAUAUCCAACAGCCAUUCCCUGUCCACAACCAGCUCGCAGUGCCCGGCCUCGACCGUUACCUCGUGGGCAACAACAACAAUAUUCUCCACCAUCAACCUGGGGUCAGCAACAGUCACGGUGACCGUGAACGGCGGCGACUGCAGCUCCUCAACUUUGUCAACGCUUGCCGGGCCAUCGGAGACCUCCUCAACGCCGGGCACCAUUACCGCGCCUCCUUCGCCAUCUUCGACGUCUCUCAGACCGCCGAUUUUCAAUGCGACCUCUACACAAACAUUGGUCACGGCGGGGGCUGGCUCGGUGGCAGUCAGCCCGCUCGCCUUUGCCCUGGUCCUCCUGCCGCUGCUGCAGAUUUGA